GUUUUGAAGGAAGCAGCAUGGCAGGCAAGUCCUACCUGUGAAGGAAUCCACCCAAGGUGAAAGCUGCAGAGAAGGCUGUGGAGUGCCCAGAAGAAGAUAGCUUAAGAACAGUUCCGGAGAGGAAGAAGUGAUGAACAGCCACCUGGAAUUAGAUUGCGGCCAGUGAGGUGGAGGUGCCAGAGGAAUUCAGAAAAGCUAAGAUAAGAGAAGAGAAAUUGUUCCAUGAGACUUUUGCAAGACAACUCAGGUUGCUGAAUUGUAUGAAUAGUUGUAAGGAUUUCACUUGUGUUGGGGUUCAAAGAAGAGCCUACAUGGGUGUUGAGUGAUUGAAAGAGAGAAGACACUGCCUUCCACAACCAGGUUCCACAGGAUUGGGGGAGGUCACUCAUUAUUUCAGUAGCGUUUCGAAUUGAAGUAGAAGACGCCGGCUUUCUGGAGAGAUUUAACUGUAGGCUGCGAGAGGAAAGUCCGUCGUCUUUGGGUACAAGAUCUGGAAGCGAGAGCAAUGGCCAAAUUCUGGUUGUGUGCAGCCGUUGGAUUUUACAUGUUGCAGCAGAUUUGCGCAGCCCGAAUGGAUUUGAAUAUAAGUUGUAGAUAUGCAGGUGUUUUCCAUGUAGAGAAGAAUCAACGCUACAGCCUUACGAGAGAAGAAGCUGUUCAGCUUUGCGAAGCACUUAAUAGUACCAUCCCAACCUGGGACCAAAUGGAAAAAGCCUACACCCUCGGUUUUGAAACUUGUAGAUAUGGUUAUAUAGAAGACAAAAUCGUACUUCCCAGGCAUACUCCUUAUUUUCUUUGUGCAGCGAACAACACAGGAAUUUAUAUACUUUCCUCAAAUUUUUCUGACCGAUACGAUGCAUAUUGCUUCAAUUCGUCAGAAUCAAGAGAUGUGGUUUGUGAGCCAGUGAAAAAGUUAUAUUCAGCUUUGCCUGAUAAUAACAGCAGUGUUGAAAUUUUCAAUGCUGAUGGAUCACGGUAUGUUGAAGGAAAGAAGGUCACCGAAAGGCCACAAGUUACUGAAGAUGACAGUAGUGUGGGCAGUGGUUCUGCAAUUGGCAGAGGAACUACAGAUCCCAGUGACUUCAUACCAGAGGAUGAUAUCACAACAUUUACAGCAGUAUAUGGAAGUGAAGACCCCCAUUACCACCAUCCUUCUGAAGAUCAGAAUCCUACUGAAGAAAAUUCAAAUCAUGGAAAGCAUCAUGGAAAUUCUAGUCAAGAUCAGCAAAUCACUGAAGAUUUUCCAUUAUGGUGGCCACCUGAAGAACCUAAAGGAAUGCAGAAUACAACCUCCAGCGAGGAUCAGAGUUUUGAAGAUGAUGAUGAUGGUGGUGGUGAUGAUGACGAAGAAGGGUCUGGGCAAAAAAAUCCUGAAACAGUUCUUGAGUGGGACAACAGUGGUGAUAAGGAACUUCAGUCAUCAAAUACCACUGUGAACUCCAGCAGAGAUGUCAAACAAGAAGAAUCAACCCAUGGUAUAUUGCUACCUGCUGUACAUUCUGGAAGGGACAGUGAAGUCAGAUACUCAACAAAUGACACAAGAGUGGAUGUCUUACCUGGAAUUGUUCCUCUAGGUCAUGAUGAACAAUAUUCAACCACUACCGCUAUGUCCUCCAGUGAUGAUUUCUUCAAGCAGGAAGACUCAAAGCAGCCUCAACUGGCGAGUGCAUUUCCUGAACUGGAAAUUGAAGACACAAUAUCCCCUGCAAUCAACACUUCAGACAUGUUACAUCCAGAAUUUUCCAUUUCUGAUGAAAAUGAAAAUACCCUGGAAAAAGACCCUUUUCAUCGUCCAGUUACAUUCUUCAAUGGAAGUGUUGAACAUGAAGAAGGACAUCAACAUCAGCCAUCAGCUGUUGAUACAGUUUCACACAGGAAUCAAAGUUCUCUCACAAACAGGACAAUCCAUGAUAUUGUACAAAUACCUGUGCCUCCAAGGGACAGCUAUUAUGAAAAUGCAUCUUCUCAGUCAGCAGUAGUUUCCAGUGUUAGUACUGAUUCUGAAGCUCCUACUCAUCAGUCAAUAUUGCACCUAGAGGAUAGUGAAGAAAAACAUCACACAAACACAUCUAGAGAUCAAUUGCUGCCUGGAGUUCUUCAUCCAACUGCAACAACUGUAGCCUCCAAGGAAAAAAGAAAAGGCAACGAAACCACACAAAACCCAUUAUUUUUUGAUAUCCAUCCAGGACUGGACAAUAAAAAUGAUCUUCCUGAGAACAAAACUAGGGAUGAUUUUCAGUCUGAAAUUAUUCAUAUUGAAAGAAAGCCUGAAUUGGAAACAACUCAGACAGCUGUGAUUUCCACGAAAGCUGGUGAUUAUGAGGAUUCUACCCAAGAUUCAUUGAUUAAAGAAGAUCCUGAUUUGAGUGAGAAACUUCAUCAUCCUACAAAUUCAUCAAUAAACGAUUUGAUACCUGGAAUUAGUAAUCUCCCAGAUAAUGUGCAAGAAAAUAAAACAUCACAUACAGUUGCCAUACUCAAGGAUUUUGAAGAUUCAGCUCAAUCACCAUUGCCUCCUAUUUACCAGCCAGACUGGUUCAGUGAAGAAAAACCUACUAAUACUUCCAGUAAUGGCACGGAAAUCAGUAAACAGCAUGAAAAUGAACAUCAUUCUUAUGAAGAUGUGGGCUUUUAUGGGACCAAAGAAGAUUCAACCCCAGAACCAGUGAGGCAAUGGGUUAGUGAAGACAUGUAUACUACAAAAUCCACAGUGGAUGUCUUAUUUUCCGGAAUUGUUCCUCGAAGAGGAAUAAAUCAAAAAAAUAAAACUGAUCAUACAGUUGUGGCCUCCAGUGAUGGAGACAAAAAUGAAAAAUCAGAUCUUGGUCCAGAGUGGCAUCCUACAUGGACCAGGGAUGAUGAAAAUCUUGUAAAUAACAGUCAAGAUCCUAUAAACAGACAUCCACCUUCCACUGACAGUCCUGAUCCAAACAAACACCCCAGUGUAGCGGGAGACAAAAAUAUGACGCCUUUACCUGAAGGAUCAGGAAAAAGUCAACCACGAAUGGCUCGUAUACCAGAUUGGCUUAUUGUAGUUGCUUCCCUUUUGGCCCUGGCAUUGAUUCUUGGUGUUUGCAUUGCUGUAAACAGUCGAAGGAGAUGUGGGCAGAAGAAGAAGCUUGUGAUCAACAACGGUAAAGGAGGAAUAGAUGAGAAAAAGAAAGAUGGGUUAAAUGGAGAAGCCAGCAAAUCUCAGGAAAUGGUGCACUUGGUACACAAAGAGAAGCCAGAAGACCAAAAGGGCCCACAUGACGAAUUCCAAGCAAUUGAUGAAACACAGAACCAACAAGAUGUGCCCUUGAAGAGUGGCAUGUAGGAAAGCUGUGCUAAUCAAAUUGAAUCAGAGUUGGGGAAAACAAAAACCAUCAUACUGAACUGGGACUAGAACUCAGAAAUGCAAUGAGCUACUGAUCUCUUUAAAACAUAAUUAAGCAUACAUUUUCUUGUUUUUUUCUUUUGUAAUGGUCAGCUUCAAAAAUGUCAUUUUUGGUUUUGCCCAACAUUGCACCAUUUUGACCAGUUUAAAUUAGUGACCAUCCUCUUAUUACUUGUAUUUGUUCCCCAAUUGCAAUCAGUUUAGUAAGGCAAAACACCAAAAUUUAUUUUGCCUGACAUAGAAUUUUUGAACUUUCCAGAAUCUGUAGCCAUUAAGGUAUUAUAAAAUGCAUUCCCAAGGAAUUCAAAUGAUAGGCUAUCUUGAGAUUCGACUCAUAGAUUUUGGAAUUGAAUUUUUAUUGGUCAGUUAAGAAAUUGUUAGGUUUAUUAAAUCUCGUUAAUGUUUUAAUAUUUUGGAAUUACUUGUUGUAAUAGUUGAAUAUGAAAAGCAUGUUUUUACACAUUCCACAGAUCUCCACCAUAUUAAAAACACUCACCAAAAAGGAUAGAAAGACCAAAAAAAAACAAAACAAAACAAAAAACCCCAAAUCCAAAUCUGAUUUAUAGCAAAUAAAUUUUUAUUCUCUAUAAUCUAAAUAAUGUGGUGAUGUUAUCUUUAAAUUUCAGUGUUCACCUUCCUUGUCAGCCUGCUGUACCUCUGGUGUAUCUUAUUCCAGUUAUUAGGGAUCCCAUUAAUUAUCUUAUGGGCUGAGAACUGACCCUAGAAUAUUUGGACGGGACCAAACCAAGACACAUUCCUUUUUUCUUGUCCCACUGUCCCUCAUUGUUUGCGUUCCCUUGAAAUACCCAUUUCCUGUUUGAGUCUGAAUUAAUAGGUCGCAGUCUAAUGAGAAUUAGAGUAAAAAGAUUCUUAAGAAUAAAACAGGGCACCUCUUUUCCUACACAGUUCCGGUUCUAGCAGAGUAUGUUUAUGUGAGAUUUUUUCUGUGCAGUCAUGACUUACAGUGGAAGAACACAUGAAACAUAUUUGAAAUAUGUAAUUCAGAAGUUCUGAUCUCUUGAAAACAUGCCACUAACUGAAAUCCAGCCAGGAUAUCUAUACACAGAAUAAGUGCCUUUAGUAGAAUGUACUGUAUGUGCCUCCCAAUUUUCCAGAAAUAUGAUAUUGAAGGUUGGAGAAAAUUUUGUAGAAUAUUAUGUUCUGUGUGCAUUACUGAGUGUUUUCAGUCAUGUUAUACUUUUUAGUAAUAAGAUAUAGAAAGUAUAGACUAACUACCUUAUUUUGGAAUCCACUGUGAUAAUUUAGCUGAUCAGAUAUAAGAAACAAUUGUUUGAACUUUUAUUGGAUUGUUUUUCAGUCUGAAAGAAUGCCUGGAGUAUAACCGUCACCCCGUAUGUGCUUACAUUAAGAAAACAAUUAUUGUCAGCUACCACACUUUCCAUUUGAAUUACAAUAUAAUAAUUGAUGCCAUAUACUUCUUUGCUCAAAGAUGUUGGAAUAAAACUUUGAAGAGUACUUUCACCUGG